GUGGUGUUGAAGUCGGAAGCUAAAGUCCACAGCCUGACUCUGAGGGACGUCAAGCUCAAUGAAGCCGGACAGAUCAAACUCACCGCCAAGGACUUCCAGACGGAGGCCAACCUCAUCGUCAAAGAGCCGGCGGUGGAGUUCUCGAAGCCUCUGCAGGACCAGACGGUGGAGGAAGAGGCCACCGCCACACUGGAGUGUGAAGUGUCCCGGGAGAAGGCCGAGGUGACAUGGUUCAAGGACGGCACGGAGAUCAGGAAGACAAAGAAGUACGAGAUGAUCGUGGACGGCCACAAGAGGGCGCUGAUCAUCCACGACUGCACGCUGGAUGACUCCAGGACGUACGCCUGCGACGCCAAGCAGUUCAAGACCUCCUGCUUCCUCAACGUGGAGCCUCCACACAUCGAGUUUUCGAAGCCGCUGCACGACGUGGAAGUGAAAGAGAAGGAAUCUGCCAGGUUUGAGUGUGAAGUGUCCAGAGAGGACGUCAAGGUCCGCUGGUUCAAAGACGGAAGUGAAAUCAGGAAAGGGAAGAAGUACGAGAUGGUGUCUCAGGGCCGGCAGCACGCCCUCAUCGUCCACAAGUCUGUGUUCGACGAUGAGGCGGAGUACGAGUGCGACGCCAAAACCAUCAAGUCCUCCGGCAUGCUCACUGUCGUCGAGGAGGAGGCGCGCUUCAGUAAGAACCUGUCCAGCGUGGAGGGCACGGAGACGGACAGCGUGAAGCUGAUCUGCGAGGUGUCCAAACCCUCGGCCGAGGUGCGCUGGUUCAGAGGAGACGAGGAGCUGCCGGAGGGCGGCCGCUACGAGCACAUCGUGGACGGGAAGAGGAGGAUCCUGCUGAUCCAGGACCUGAAGAUGGUCGACGCCGCGGAGUACACCUGCAGGCUGAGCGCCAGCAUCAAGACCUCCGGGACCCUCAAGAUCAACGAGCUGGCUGCAGAGUUCAUCUCGCGGCCGCACAGCGUGGAGGUGGUGGAGGGCGAGAAGGCGGAGUUCAGCUGCUCCGUCUCCAAAGACACGUUCGAGGUGAAGUGGCUGAAGGACGGCUCGGAGCUGCAGGCCGGAGACAAGUUCAGCAUGCUGAGCGACGGGAAGAGACGCACGCUAGUCAUCAAGGACAGCGAGCCCAAGGACGAGGGCGCCUACGUGGUGAUGAUCGGAGCGACGCGCGCCAGCGCAGACCUCACCGUGCUCGGUAAGCCCCGCCCACUGAGGUCAUAUAUAUAG